CAUACAUAUUUUGUCCGCGAUAUAAGCUACCCUAUUUACCGCCAUUUGUAAUUUAUGAAAAUGUAAACAAGUAAAUUUUGGUUUUAUCGAAAUCCCUGCUCGCCACCUGAGUUUAGAAUUAAACAGUCAACUUGCAUAAAAUGUAUAUCAAACAGGUUAUUAUUCAAGGUUUCAGAAGCUAUAGAGAGCAAACUGUUGUAGAACCUUUCAGCAGUAAACAUAAUGUGAUAGUUGGAAGAAAUGGAUCUGGAAAAAGUAAUUUUUUCUAUGCUAUCCAAUUUGUUCUGUCUGAUGAAUUUAGCCAUCUUAGACCAGAACAGAGACAGGCAUUGUUACAUGAAGGAACAGGUCCAAGAGUUAUCUCAGCUUUUGUAGAAGUUAUCUUUGAUAACUCCGAUAACCGUAUACCUAUUGAUAAAGAUGAGGUGGUGUUACGUCGAGUUAUUGGCUCAAAGAAAGAUCAGUAUUUUCUGGAUAAGAAAAUGGUCACUAAAGGAGAUGUAAUGAACUUAUUAGAAAGUGCUGGCUUCUCCAGGAGUAAUCCAUACUACAUUGUGAAGCAAGGAAAGAUCAAUCAGAUGGCAACAGCUCCCGAUUCACAGAGGUUAAAGUUGUUAAGGGAAGUGGCAGGAACAAAAGUAUAUGAUGAAAGGAAGGAAGAAAGCAAAGAUAUUCUCAGGGAAACAGAGGGUAAAAGAGAGAAAAUAAACGAUUUGCUGAAAUAUAUUGAGGAAAGACUGGCCACAUUAGAAAAUGAAAAGGAAGAGCUGAAAGAAUAUCAAAAAUGGGACAAGAUGAGAAGAUCACUAGAAUACACGAUACACGACCAUGAGUUACGCGACACUAAGAAGAAACUUGACGAGCUUCAGGAGAAAAGAGAUAACAGUGGAGCACAGUCACAAAAGUUCAGAGACCUUCAACAAGCCGCCAAUGAUAAAGUCAAGUCAAUCAACAAAGAUCUGCGCGAGUUGAAGACACGUAUGCAGACAGUGUUUGAUGAGAAGGAACAACUUCAGACUGAGAACCAAGAACUCACCAAACAGAAAGCUAAACUUGAACUCACCAUUAAAGAUAUACAAGAUGAUCUAGAGGGAGAUGCCAAAGCAAAGAAAAAGUUGGAGGAAGAUUUGAGAAAGGUGAAUGAGAAAAUUGCUAAGACACAGACAUCUUUAGAGAACAUAACACCUCAGUAUGAAUCUUUGAGAGACCGUGAAGAGGAUGUGACCCAACAGUUACAAGCAUCAGAACAGAGGAGGAAAGAGUUAUAUGCUAAACAAGGGCGUGGCAAUCAGUUUACUUCCCGAGAUGAGAGGGAUAACUGGAUCAAGAAUGAACUCAAAUCCCUUAACAAAGCUAUCAAAGACAAGGAAGAACAGAUUAGAAAGUUGACAGAAGACACUGGGCAAGAAGAAAAGAGAAGGGAUAUGCUGGAAACAAGAAUUACAGAAAUUAAUCAAAAAGUUGAACAACAUAAAGACAUUAUCGAAACAAACAACAAAAGUUAUAAUGAGAUGAAGGCCAAGAAAGAUGAACUGCAAAAUGAAAGAAGUGCAUUAUGGAGAGAGGAGAACGCAUUACAACAAACACUUGUAUCUCUUAGAGAUGAACUAACCAAAAAAGAGCAAGGUCUGCGAUCAAUGACAGGAAAGGCAACAUUGAAUGGUAUCAGCAGUGUUCAGAAAGUUCUACAGUCGUUCAGGGACCGUAACAUUAACCAAGAUCUCAUUAACGGAUACUACGGGACGCUCAUCCAGAUGUUUGAAUGUGACAAAACAUUCUUCACAUGUGUAGAGGUCACCGCUGGAGGGAGGUUAUUCCAUCAUAUAGUAGACAGUGAUCAGACAGGUACAGCUAUUUUGAAGGAGAUGAAUAGACAACAUUUACCAGGGGAGGUAACUUUCAUGCCUCUUAACAGAUUAGAUAACAGGGACACAGUCUAUCCAGAAACUAAUGAUGCCAUUCCUAUGAUAAGCAAACUCCGUUACGAUGAUAAAUACAGUCCUGCGUUGAAACAUGUCUUCUCUAAAACUCUAAUCUGCCGAAGUAUGGAAGUGGCCACACAGAUAGCUAGGACUCAGAACCUUGACUGUAUUACACUUGAUGGUGACCAGGUAUCAAGAAGAGGUGCUCUUACAGGUGGUCACUAUGACAACCGAAGAUCUAGACUUGAUCUCCACAAAUCAAAGGAAGAAUAUGCACAAAAGGUUGCCCAACAAGAUAGCCAGUAUUGUGAGCACAAGAGUAAGCUAGAGGAGAUAGAGGGACAGAUCAAUAACCUUGUGUCCGAGAUGCAGAAAAUGGAGACAAGAAAUAGCAAGAACAGGGACAACUUUGAGAAGAUGAAAGCUGAUGUGAGGCUUAUGACAGAAGAGUUAAAGAACUUACAGAAAACUCAACCAGGCAAAGGAAAAAGUGUAGUCAACUUACAGAGUAGUUUAGAAGCCAUGAAGGGAACUGCCCUGUCACUGAAGGAAGAACUGGGAACCGAUCUCCUGUCUCAGCUGAGUGUAGAAGACCAGGAGGAAAUGGAUAAACUGAAUGAUCAAAUCAAAACUCUUACCCAGCAAAAUAAAGAUUCACUCAAGGAAAGAAUAAAGCUUGAAGGUGAGAAGAACAAACUUGAGAACUUGCUGCAAAACAACCUGAUGAAGAACAGGGAGCGUAUCUUAGGGGAGAUGCAGGAGGAGGCUGUGAUGAACCGGAAAGAGAGACUGACAACCUCAGCUGAAAGUCUCGGUAAAGUUGACCAGAGACUCAGUGAAAUAAAAAAUUCUAUGAAAGAUUUGGAAGAUAAUUUAGAAAAGUUGAACAAAGAACAAAAGGAACUGCAAAAUAAUAUAGAAUACUGGAGGGGUCAGGAGAAAGAGAUGCAGGAUAAACUAGGAGAAGAUUCUAAGGAACUGGAUAAGAUGACAAAUAAACAAACUGUUCUUCUUAAAAAGAAAGACGAGUGUAUGAAGAAGAUAAGAGAGUUGGGAUCUCUACCCAGUGAUGCUUUUGAGAAAUAUCAGAAUCUGGGAUCUAAACAGCUGUUUAAAAAGUUGGAUCAGUGUAAUGCUGAACUUAAAAAAUACAGCCAUGUUAACAAGAAAGCCCUCGAUCAGUUUGUCAACUUCACUGAACAGAAAUCUAAACUCAUCAAGAGAAAAGAAGAGCUGGACAGAGCCCAUACUUCUAUUCUUGACCUAAUGAGUGCUCUUGAUCAUCGGAAAUAUGAAGCUAUCCAGCUAACAUUUAAACAG